AUGGAUUUAACUGAAGAAGAGAGAUUAAGAAGAAGAAGAAGAUCUGAGAUUCAAAGAAAUUAUGUGGAGAGAUUAUCAGGUGGUAUAAUGGCUUUGAAAAUGUCAAUACCGUAUCUCAGGGAUAUUGAAAAACCAAUUCCUCAAUACAAAGUUAUUCGUCUCGCUAUAAAAUACAUUCGAUAUUUGAACUCGAUGCUGAAUUCUGAUGAACACGUACCGGACAACUUCAACGAUGUGGUUAUGGAUGAGCUUUAUCAACACAAAUGCAGGGAGAUUUGUGUUUGCAGCAGAGGUCGAACUAAUUAA